GGAGGGCCGUGAAGAUGCUCAGAGGGCUGCAGCACCUCUAGUAUGGAACAGGCUGAGAGAGCUAGGAUUGUUCAGUCUGGAGAAGAGAAGGCUCUGAGGAGACCUUAUUUCAGCCUUCCAUACCCAAGAAAGAGUGCCUUAAGAAGAUAACUAUGGAUAAGUAUAUUAAAGUUCGAAAAAUUGGAGAAGGAUCUUUUGGGAAAGCAUUUCUUGUCAAAGCUAAAGAAAAUGGCCAACAGUAUGUUAUUAAAGAAAUUAACAUCUCAAAGAUGUCAAAUAAGGAGAGAGAAGAAUCAAGGAGAGAAGUCGCUGUAUUGGCUAACAUGAAACAUCCAAAUAUUGUCCUGUACAGGGAGUCAUUUGAAGAAAAUGGCUGUCUCUACAUAGUGAUGGAUUACUGUGAAGGAGGAGACCUAUUUAAAAAAAUAAAUGCCCAGAAAGGAAUCUUAUUCUCUGAAGAUCAGAUUCUAGAUUGGUUUGUACAAAUCUGCUUAGCACUAAAGCACAUACAUGAUAGAAAAAUCUUGCAUCGGGACAUAAAGUCACAGAAUAUAUUUUUAACCAAAGAUGGAACAAUACAACUGGGAGAUUUUGGGAUCGCCAGAGUUCUUAACAGUACUGCAGAGCUGGCUCGCACUUGCAUAGGAACACCAUACUAUUUGUCUCCUGAAAUAUGUCAGAACAAGCCUUACAACAAUAAAAGUGAUAUCUGGGCCCUUGGUUGUGUUCUGUAUGAAAUGUGCACACUUAAACAUGCGUUUGAAGCUGGUAACAUGAAGAACUUGGUACUGAAGAUAAUAUCUGGACCUUUUCCUCCUGUUUCUACGCAUUAUUCCUAUGACCUACGUAAUUUGCUCUCACAGUUAUUUAAAAGGAAUCCUAGGAACAGACCAUCGGUAAACUCCAUAUUGGAGAAAAAUUUUAUAGCCAAACGGGUUGAAAAAUUUCUCACACCACAGCUUAUUGCAGAAGAAUUCAGUCACAAAAUCUUCCAGAAGUUUGGCCAACAUGCUGCACCAGCUAAAAGGCCAGCUCAAGAGCAAAUACUGGCUUCAGUUGCACCGGCUCAGAAAAUUACCAAACCUGCUGCAAAAUAUGGAGUGCCUUUAGUGAUGAGGAAGCCUUGUGAUGUACCUAAAAAGCCUAAUGAUAAGAAGCCAUUGGCUAAAUCUAGACAGGCUUUUGCAGUGAAGAAAAUGAAUCCAGGAGAAGAAAGGAGGAAAAUGUUUGAGGAACCUUCAAAAAAGAAAAGGUUGGAAUUGCCUGAAAAAGAAAAGCGCCAGAGAGAUCAGAUCAGUUUACUGAAGGCAGAUGAAAUGAGAAGAUCAGAAAAAGAAAGGAUGGAACGAAUAAACAGAGCCAGGGAACAAGGAUGGAGGAAUGUGCUUGGUUCAGGUGGAAGUGGUGAUGUUAAGGCACCAUAUUAUGGCGGUGGAGGUGGUGUUGGUCCGUCUCCUGUGUCUUCCAGAGGACAGUAUGAACACUAUCAUGCUAUUUUUGAUCAGCUGCAACAACAACACGAAAACAUUAGAGUAGCUGAAGUGAGGGAAGCCAAAUUGAGGGCAAGACUACAAGGCCGGGAAGUUUUUGAGAGAGGAAUUCCACCUGGAAUACGUCCAGGAGUUCCUAAGGGGCCUGCAGGUCAUCACCAUUUACCUGAUGCUGGUGCAGUUAGGAAAAAAAUGAAAAGAUUGAAGGAGGUGUCUAAACAAGCCAAUGCAAACAGGCAUAAAGGAUGGAUAGCUGCAGAUAGAGCAAAGCAAGUUGAAGAAUUCUGGCAACGAAAGAGAGAAGCCAUGGAAAACAAAGCUCGAGCUGAGGGACAUAUGGGUACACUGCAAAACGUGGCAGAUAUCUAUGGAGGCAGGCCUUUUUCUGCAAGAGGAAGGAAAUCCAGAAACAAGGAGGAAGAGGAGUAUUUGGCAAGAUUAAGACAGAUUCGGCUACAAAAUUUUAAUGAACGUCAACAGAUUAGAGCAAAACUUCGUGGAGAAAAGAAUGAAGCUGCCAGUUCUGAUGGACAAGAGUCAAGCGAGGAAGCAGAACUGAAACGCAAAAAGAUAGAAGUACAGAAGGCCCAAACAAAAGCUCGAGCUGCAGUUCUGAAAGAACAGUUAGAGUGGAAGAGAAAGGAAGCAUAUGAAAGAGAGAAAAGAGCCUGGGAAGAACAUCUGAUAGCAAAAGGAGUAAAGAAUCCUAAUGUGCCUUUUCAUGUGGGAGCUGCAGAACACAGUCCUGUGCAUGGACUACAAGAGCCUGAACCAGCUGUUCCUAAACCACAACUUCCAGCAAAGCCCAGUACACCAGUCAUCUCCAUGACUUCUGCUUUGAAGGAAGUUGGUGUGGAUGAAAAUGCAACUGCUAUCCAGGAAGUUGAGGAGGAAACAAAAAAGGCAGGUUUUGCAAUUCAGAAUAAACGUGAAAUACUGAGAAGAUUAAAUCAAAAUCUUAGAGCUCAAGAAGAUGAGAAAGGUAAAAAGGAGUGUCAGAAUAUCUCUGAGUCAGCUGGGUCUGAAGAUGGAAAGGAACAAGAAGGUGACCAGCCAAUUCUAGGAGAUCGCAAAAAAUGGAAAUCUGGAGCAUCUGAAUUGGUAGUUCCUCUAGCUCAGUUAACAAUGGAAGAUUCGCUUUCUGGAACAGAUCGUCAAACUCUGGGGGAAGUAAUUAGGUUAGAUAUUGGUGAACCCCACAGAAAAGUGUGGGGCAAAAGCCCUACUGAUUCAGUCCUGAAGAUCCUAGGACAAGCAGAGUCACAGCUGCAAACUGACUUACUUGAGGAGCUAGAUGUAGUAAGUGGUACUGCUGAACUUCUUGAAGGAGGUCAUCAGUCCUCAUCGGAGCAGAAGGAAGAGAAAGCUUUUCCUGCUGUUGGAGCUCAGUCUUCAGUACUGGUUGGUGUCACAGAGUCUGACAUGACUGUACCGGAAGAAUCUCAAAAUGCUGGAGCUACUCAGGUGCAGAACAAACCUAUUAUACUGGAUGAGCCUGAUGAUUUGGAAGCAGAGAUGUUGGAAGAAACAGAAGACAAAAAGCACCAGAGUAAGGAGAGCAAGAAAUUUCCCAUCACUGUUAAUGAAGUGUGGGUAAAAGAGAAAGAGGAUAAGGGACCACAUGACAGAAGAAAUGAGGCAGCUUCUGAGAAACUAGCGUUUGACAAGGUGCAACCACCGAAAGAAGCUCAAAAAGAAACUUGUUCCAGUGAUUCUCUGCAACCAGAACCCUUAUUCCAGAGGGUAAUACAGCCCACAGCUGUACCAACAGACUCGCCAGUUCUGUCAGCUCAGUCUUCACAGGAAGAGCCUUUUGUACCUCGUUCACAUUCCAUAUCACCAGCAAAAAAUAAAGGCAAAAGUUCAUUGUUGAUUGGACUUUCUACAGGGCUUUUUGAUGCAAAUGACCCAAAGCUGUUGAGAACAUGUUCGCUCCCAGAUCUUUACAAGCUGUACAGAACCUUAGUCGAUGUUCCCAGUGUAGCAGAUGUGCAGCAUCACCAUAAUCUUGAAAUAGAUGAUACGGAAGAUGAGCAAGCCAAAGAAGGACCCUCUGAUUCUGAGGAUAUUAUGUUUGAGGAGGCAGAUCCUGAUCUGCAGGAACUCCGGGUGUCAAUGGAGCAAUUGCUUAGGGAGCAGCCUAGUGAGGAAUUCAGUGAAGAGGAGGAAUCCACUUUGAAGGCUAAUGUCAUCGAAUGCAUAACAAAUGGUACAGAGCUGGAUGAAGCAGAUGAAAAUAACCCCAGCAGUGAAAGUGCACUUAAUGAAGAAUGGCAAUCUGAUAAUAGUGAUGGAGAGAUUGCCAGUGAAUGUGAAGAAUGUGAUAGCAUCUUCAGCCAUUUGGAAGAGCUGAGAUAUAACCUGGAAUGUGAAAUAGGCUUCGAUAAGUUCAUUGAAGUUUAUGAGAAAAUCAAGGCUAUACAUGAAGAUGAAGAUGAAAAUAUUGAUAUUUGUUCAUCCAUAGUUCAGAAUAUUCUUGGAAAUGAACACAAGCAUCUAUAUGCCAAAAUACUUCACCUAGUAAUGGCAGAUGGAGCCUACCAAGAAGAUAACGAUGAAUAAAACCUGACUCAGGAAACCCCCUAAUGUUGUACUACAUAGAUCAGUGUUUGAAGCCUGCACAUCUGAAUAACAAAUUUUAAUGGAGAAUGUAAUAUGGGACAGGAGAAGCAAGACUUCAAAAAAACAAUGUCAGUUGUAUGAAAAAGAGGUAAAACAUGCCUUUUAAAACUGAGAUAUCUAUACACCUGUGUACUCGCAUAUGCAGACAUUAAAUACUAUAGAUGCCCAAAAUUGAAGAAAAAAAUGAAAUUAAAAAACCCCCCCUCAACAAAACCAAAAAAAAACCCAAACCUCAAUGUCUCAAAUUCCAAAAGAAAUAUAGAAAGGAAUACCUAUAGAUAUUCUGAUACGAAACUGAGACCUAUAAUGUAAAAACAGCUUCUGCCAUAUCAACAGUUGGCUGGUACAGUUAAGCAAUUGGAAGCAUUGCUGUGCUGUGGAAGCACCCACAUCUAGCUGUUCAGUUACAUAUUUACAGUAGCCUCUCUUUAUACCUACAUAAAGAAAUUAUUCCAUUUUUAUUGACUCUUGGGGCUCUGUUUUAGUAGCCUCUUGAUCUAGUGGCCCAGUCUUGAGUAUUUCACCUUUUUCCUAAUAAAAAAAUUAGUGUAUUUUGAGGCUGAAAGCUGCUGUCACAUCUGGAACAUCUUAGUGGUGUGUCUAAAUCAAGGCAAACUGGUACUUCAGUCAUUUAAAUGUCUGGGAAUUUUUUGUGAUUAUAAAAUUCAUUUAGAACUAGAAUACUUUUUUCCAAUAUUUUUAUCUUCCCUGUCCCCAACCCCUUCCCAAGUUCCCAAGUAUUUAGCUCUUUUGACUUUUGUAAUCAAUGAUAAUAUAUUCUGCUGUUGAAAGGAGUAGUUCAUUUUCCAGUUUGUUUUUAAAUUCUUCCUGUUACACUCCUGGCUCCAGCAGCCGUGGCGGAAAUGAAGUACUGCAGCACAAGUGCUAGGUAAUAGUUCUUAUCUUUGGGCUCAUGUAUCAUAGCUUGCUUUCCACCACCCUGAAAGAAAAAACGGGUUUCUUCUGACCUGCAUUUCCUUGUUUCUCCUGUCAAAACAGUACUGUAUGGGGCAGACAUUAGGUAUGCUGAAGUUCUCCAGUCAUCUCCAGAACAGCUUUAUUUGCUUACCCACACAGUAAGUCUCUUGUUAUAAAUCUGAUGAACUAUCAAACUUCCAACUGCACUGUUGGAGAAAAAUAAAGAUAUUUUUAAUUUUUUUUCAGCUACAGCCAGUCACAAUCUAAAACUGCACAAGUUCCUUUUCCACCCAAGCAUAUAUAUAUAUAUAUAUAUUAUUUUGAGCUGUCUAAAUACGUACAUGAUUUUUGUAUAAUUGUUUUAUGGUGUUGGUAUUAAAGUUUUGCCCACUUUAAA